UCAGAGGAUGCCUUUCAAAGUCAGGGUGUACAAGCUCAGGCAAACUUGACGCAGGCCCCACCCCCACCAGCAGCGUGGUCUCUCGGGCAUCACAGAGGACGCCCCGCCGCACGCCCCGCCCCCCUCGCCCGCUCGCGCCCGUUUCCAUGGCGACGCGGCACCAGGCCGGGGCAGUGGAGCCACCAAGUGGGAGUGCAGCGACGGCAGAGGCGGCGGCAGAGGCGGCGGCAGCGGCGACAUGAGGGCGGGGGUGGCGGCGGCCGGGCAGCGGCCCCCCAGCUCGGGGAUCCCGGGCUCCCGGGGCACGUCGCGCCUGCGCCCGCCCGCCAUCCUCCAGCCCGCGCAGCACAGCACGCAGGUUGGGCUCAUCGAGGCGCAGAAGCGGGUCGUGGACCUGGAGAAGAGCCUGCAGUUCCUGCAGCAGCAGCACUCGGAGACACUGGUCAAGCUCCACGAGGAGAUCGAGCACCUUAAGCGGGAGAACAAGGGUGAGUCGGGGCGCCGCGGCCGCGAGUGAGGCGUCUUCCGCGGCCGGGGCCCGAGGGAGAGGCAGACCUGCCGCUCCCGGGUGCCUCCAGUACCGAAACGCUCGUGGACUCUAGAACACAAGGUUUAGAAACCCUUAAACAGGGUAUAAGGAGGACACAGGGCAGCAAGCCCCACCCCGGGUCCUGCUACGUGGGUCUCGGACUCCCUGCCCCCUCCGCACCCCCUGCCUCCUCCGCACCCUGGGCCCCAAACCUGGGUCUUCGUGGGCGGGGUCGACGGGGCCGCCCCACCAUCUGGUGGGGUGGUCUGGCUGUGUAGCGUUUCCCACAGUAAGCCGGGUCGCAGUCUCCUCUCUAGGCAAGUCGGGCCCGCCUGUUCUAAAAAAACUUUUAUGGAAGUAAAAAGUGCGAGUGUACAGCUCAGUGAUUUUCACAGACUAA